AUGGCCACAUACUGCGACGGCCCGGGUGUCUGCCCGGCCCCACACAGCCAGGCCCGGGCGGCCGCGAACCCAGCGAGCUUCGGGCGCGGUGACCCGGGCGCGGCGGGCGGCGGCCCGCGCCUGUGGCUGAACGCACCGGCUCUCAGCCCGGCGCCCUACGCGCCCGGACCUGGGCCCGCGGCGCCCUACGCGCCCUCCGGGUACGCGGCCCCCGGCCAGCUCCUCGGCGUCCCGGGCGGCCUGGCUGGCGCCGACCUCGCCUGGCUGAGCCUCUCCGGCCAGCAGGAGCUGCUGAGGCUGGUGCGGCCGCCCUACUCGUAUUCGGCGCUCAUCGCCAUGGCCAUUCAGAGCGCGCCGCUGCGGAAACUGACGCUCAGCCAGAUCUACCAGUACGUGGCGGGCAACUUCCCCUUCUACAAGCGCAGCAAGGCGGGCUGGCAGAACUCCAUCCGCCACAACCUGUCGCUCAACGACUGCUUCAAGAAGGUGCCCCGCGACGAGGACGACCCAGGCAAAGGCAAUUACUGGACCCUGGACCCAAACUGCGAGAAGAUGUUCGACAACGGGAACUUCCGACGGAAGAGGAAGAGGAGGGGGGAGGCGAGCGCAGCCGCUCCCUGCGGAGCCCGCAGCCCCGGAGGAGCCAGGGCGCUGGAGCGGGACGCCCUGCGAGCCGCGUCCCGGGACCUGCAGGCCUCGCCAUCCCCGCCUGCACCCCAGGCUGCCGCCUGCUUCUCCAGUUUCGCCUCGGCCAUGGGCGCCCUGGCUGGUGGCCUUGGUACCUUCCCUGGAGGCCUGGCGGGUGACUUUUCUUUCGGGAGACCGACAACGGUCGCCGCUCACGGUGCCCAGUCCCCUGGCCCUGCUCCUAGCUUCUCCAGUGGCCAUCAGGCGGAGGCCACCGGCUUCUGUGUCGGUCACUUCGUCUACGGUCGGGAAGGGACCGAAGUCUGA